AUGGAGUUGACUCGUUCUGCUCGCCCGUGGUUGUGCCGAAUAUUCGCGGUGCUCGUCGUUGUAUUUUCCGCGGCCAGUGUCGUUCGAGCAGAAGAUAUUUACGAUGAAGAAAAGGUGAUCGAGUCGGAUUCGUUUUUGCGACUGCGCAAGAAUUUGCGGUCGGUGAUGAACUCCGUGGAUCCCGAAGUUGUAGACGCCGAGACAAACCGGGAAUUGCAGUCGGCAUUCGACAGGAUGUUCGAGUCCUUCGAGAGCCAGACCUUGGAGACUCUGCAACCAGCCGAGUUGAGUAUGAAUGAGAAGAAGCGGAGAUUGCCUUUCGGCUUGUUGCAUCGCAGGGCCCACGAGAUCAUCGACAACGCGGACUUGCCCCCGGGCAGCAAGGCCCUGGGCACGUUGCACAGGAGCAUCCAUCACGUCUUCUCCUCCAGCUUCAGUCCCGACGCCUGUUACCCAAAGUUCGCGGCAAACCACACUGGCUGUCUGGAGAGAGCUAUAAUGUUCUUCUCUGACUUGUUGAAAUUUCCUCAUCAAAAACAUUAUCCCAAGCCCAGUUUCGGACUGGGAUCUUUUCUUCUUACAACCUCAAAACUUCAUGAAACUUCUGCGCUUUUCGCUGUUUUUUUAUCUAAUCUUGUGCCCAAGGUCAGAAAGGAGGGUCUGAGACGUCUGCCGAAAGCCGGAAGUUCACCUCCGCUUCUGCCGCUGAAUAGUGCAGUUCCGGGUGUAGGAGGAGGAGGGCUGUGUCACACUUUCCUGAAUGAAGGGUUGACUCCAUCGUCGUCGUCGUCGUUCUUAUUGAAGGAUGAGAAUUAUAUAUAA